AGGGGUGGCUGCAAAGUAAAAUGGCGGCCUGACUCAAGAAAAGAAACUGCACGUAGAAUCUUGUACUAAGCUUGUAUUUAUUUCAGCCAACGAUGCCAGCUCCAACAGGAGAACAAAGAAAAAAAUGUCACGCAGCACGAGAUAGUUACUUCGCUUGUUUGUCGUCGAAUGGUAACGAUGAGUCAGCGUGCACUAAAGAGAAGGAUGAAUUCAAUUCUCUUUGUCCAGCAACCUGGGUGUCUUAUUUUGCCAAGAAAAGAGUUUUUGAUGAUUACAAGAGGAAACUGAAUGAAGAAGGAUUCAUUCCAGCAGAUCAACUGCCAUCAAAGAACAAGCAAUGACGGCUAUGUAAAUGGAAAACAAUGGAAUCCACACUUAUUGUGGUGGUUUUUCUACUUCAUUUACAGCUCCAUGAGCAUUAAUUUAACAACUUACUUGCAAUAUAUCAAACAAUACACAAGUUGAUUUUGUGUGCCAUAAAUCAUUACACCACUAUAGCACCAGUGCUUUUUAGGAUCUAAAAUAGAACUGGUGGUUUUGUUCCCAAUGAAAGAAACACGUUUUUCAUCGAUGAUGUAAGCUCAGCCAAAUACAAGUAUCCAAAUCACGCUUUUGUUGUUUCUUAAUUAGGCUUUUUUCAGUGUGGCUGUAUAAAAUUUAGAUAAGCACAAGGUACGAGAGUGUUGUCUUGAAAUCUUCAUUGAAUGGUCUUUCAGGGACAAUAAUUAUUUGAACCAAACCUUAACUCUCUAUAUCAUGGUAAUGUGCAUUGAAAGGUCAUUGUAUAUUUGUUAAAACAGUCUGAACGCAAAAACAGAAUGUGAAACGUGUGGCUUACCUUAUAUUGUAAUGUUACCCUCUUUCAA